AUGUAUAAUUUGUUGUUGGUCGUAUGUUUAUCACAAGUAAUUGUUCAUGUUCAUUGCGAAGAAAAUGAACAGCCAACGACGAAGUUACAAGGACAAAUAUGUGCUUAUGGUGAUAUUGAUCGAGAUCUGAACACCGAUCUGAUCGUUCAGGAUGGAAACGUUCUGAAAGUUUAUCUUCAGGCAUAUGAAUUCAACGAAACAUUUUUCGAUCAACUUUCAAUAAUGGAUAUUAAUGGGGAUGGUUCAAGUGACCUGAUUGGUUUCUUGGCGAAUGGAACAUUCUUUUGUCGACUUGGUUCGGCAGCAAAUGAUUUUUUACCGUGCGAAAAAUCAUUCAGAGGAUUCAAUGCAAAGCCAUAUGAAGGAUUCCUGCAUGGAUUCGUAGAUAUAACUGGUGAUUUGAGUGCCGAAGUGAUAUUCGGUACUAAGGAUAAGAACGAUCGAUUAAAAUUGCAAGCUUGGCAAAGGAUAUCAAAUGAUGAUUGGAAAUAUGUACCUAGCUUGAUAGGCGAUUUACCGGUUGAAUCAGGCAAAUAUUAUGGGGCUGCGUUAUUCGCGGAUUUUGAUGCGGAUGGGUUGGUGGAUAUCGGUAUACCGUGGUGUGCAGAUGCUAGCUGUACCAAAAUUGACGGUAUCAAGAUGUGGAAUGGACGUAUCGGCACUUGGCAGCAUUUAUCGGUCACUGGACUUGAGGGAUCCGAAUUAGUCUCGAAUAAAGGUGAGGGCAAUGUUGUUUUCCGAGUUGGUGAUUUUUCAUUAGACGGCUAUCCGGAUAUGAUUGCGUUGGUUCGAGAAAAGACACAAAAUCCGAUGAUUCUCGAGAAUGUUCCGUGCACUGAUUGUAUAUCAAAUGUGUCGAGGUCAGUCAUCACAUUCGGUUUUAUUCUCAUUCGUAUCCAGCCUUCACUUUUUACUCGUAGCUGA